AUGGCCAACCAAGAACACCCACCAACCCCCAAGCCAAACCGUUUCACGACGCUGCAGCGCAGAGUAUCACCACAUACUCCCGGCUCGACUGACAGCAAGCCACAGGAAGCCUCUGUUGCUCCCGCCUGGCGGUCCACGUCGCACAACACAUCUCACGACACCUCAACGUCCCUCCAGCUAGCCGCUCCGGGCCCGCACGGCGCUCGAACGGGCUCGGGCGUACAGCGUCUAGAGCUGCAUGUCUCUCUGCUGGCGCGCCUCUGGCCUCUGGAAGAACACCGGGAAUAUCCUCCGGUCCAUGCUCGUUUCCACAAAUGGACUUGA